CCGAGGUCUCAUAACUGUACCCCAGACUCCCGAUCUUACGUAACUAGUCCCACCACGGUAGCCUUCCCCAUACCACGCACCUCCGGGAACAACAAUAGAGGAAAACACCGCAAAGAGCCACCAUAAAACACCUAUAACUAAAUAACACAAAUCACAGGAACAGUUACGUCCGAAAUUCAAAACCAGUUCCUCUUUUUUUUCCACGAGAUCAGUGACUCCGGUCAAACUGUGUUCACCUUUUGCGAAGGAGAAAAGUAUAUUUUAAUCGGAGUAAUAAAAUUUAUUUGUUAAUUUAACUAAUUAUGGUUUGAGUGUUAUGAUGUCGUCAUAGCUUGGAUUACCACUAUGGAUUUAUUAAGAGAUAAACGACUUUUAAUUAUUAUAACAAUACUUAUUCACUCCACCGAUGGAAGAUCAUCAGCAUCGAAUGAGCAAAAAAUUGAAAAUACAACACAUAACUGUCCAUUCACAAGAAUAAUCGAAGACAUCUUUAAAAUGGACAACAAAACCAGUCAAGCAAACUGGAAAGACGAUAAAGGUUAUUUCAAUUCCACAAAUAAUAAUGCACUAAACACUAAUUCAAACAUAAGUAAAACUAUACAAGAUGAAUUAGUGAAUGAUAUUAUUGCAUCUAUACAAAGAAUUAAAGCAAAUCUAACAUAUAGCAAAAAUAAGUUAAACGAAGCGAUAAUACUUAACGUACCUAAAGAUGGAAACGAACAAAUUAAUACUAAAAAAACUACAGAUAAAAAAUCAAGUACAAUAAAAAGCGGUAUCGAAGAUAAAGUAGAUGUACAUAUCACAACAACAUCCAAAACAAAUGACAAAUAUAAAUUAGAUGACCAAAACGAUUUUGAAAAACCAAUGAAACUUUUUAGCCAUGCAGUUAUUGAAGAAACAAAACCAAGUGACUAUAGACCUAAUUACGUAGAAAUACUGACAGUGGAACCUAAUAAUACAAAUAUCAAUAAAUCUUCUAACAGCAUUUUGGAGGUAUUAAAAAACAUAAUGCCUAUGCUAAAUACAUCUGUAACGAAAGACCUGCACAGUAUAACAAUAAUUGAAAGGAAUCAGAAUAAAAACCAUUCGUUUUCGGAAACUAAAAACAUAUCUACUAUUAUAGUUAAGUAUUGCGAUAAGGAAAACCUAACUAUAGUUAAUGUCACUGACACAAAAGAACCUGCGGAAGACGUGAAGGGUAUUUCUGUGAAUGAGGACUACGAUGACUACAAUACUGAUGAUGAUGUUGAUUAUGAAGACAGCGAUCGAGAUAAAAUGACAAAUAUUACGAUCGAAAGCCGGAAAGAAGUGUUAGAAGCAGCUGAAUACGGAAUGAAAAUGAUGCACGAGUUGUACGGAGUUUUGGAGCCUAAAUUAUAUUCAAUGGGUCUAGUGCUAGACGAGAGGGACCCAGCGCGCUACGUGGCAGCAUUCAACGCACCCUCCGAAGAUAUAGCGCGAUACGCCAAAUAUGGCUACGCGUCCCUGCAAGCCGCUGCCAAGCUAAAACAGCUUAUAAGCAUAGAGAAUGGAGAUACCCUGGAAGGCAGGACAGAAGAAAGCCAGCUCCCAGAAGCAAGCGCCUUACGCCAAUCUCCACUGUUGGAGCAAUGCCCCCUUAAAGGUCCACCGAAGUGCCCUCCAGCUUCUAAGCGGUACCGCACCCACGAUGGCACCUGCAACAACCUAAACCGUCCCCGAUGGGGUGCCACAAUGACCCCGGUCCAGCGCUUCAUUCAACCCGUCUACUCCGACGGCAUACAGGCUCCUAGACGAUCAAUAUUCGGAUCAAAACUACCCUCAGCUAGAGAAAUAAGCGCGCUCGUCCAUGAAGAUAAAAACGCAGAGAACCCUGGGAUAACACAUCUGUUGAUGCAAUGGGGGCAGUUUUUAGACCACGAUAUAACAGCGUCUUCGCAAUCAAGAGGUUUCAACGGUUCUGUGCCAAGAUGCUGCAAGGAUGGUGGAAGGGAUUUCAUCCCCAAGGAAUUAAUGCACCCAGAAUGUAUGCCAAUAGCCGUACCACCUUCAGACCCUUUCUACGGGCCGCGCGGCGUGCGUUGCCUGGACUUCGUGCGAUCAUCCCCCGCCCCUCGGGACGACUGCGCGCUGGGCUGGCGGGAGCAGUUCAACCAAGUGUCCGCCUACAUCGACGGAUCUCCGCUGUACGCCAGCUCAGCGAGACAGUCUGAUAAACUUCGGUUGUUCAGGAAUGGUAUGCUCCAGUACGGUCGCGUGCAGCAGCGGCGCCCCCUGCUGCCAACGGACCGCGACGAGCUGUGCCGCGGCGGCGCCGUGUCCACCGACUGCUUCAAGUCGGGCGACGCGCGGGUCAACGAGCACCCCGGCCUCGUCGCGGCGCACAUCGUGUGGCUCAGGCAGCACAACAGAAUGGCUCAAGAGCUGGCGCACCUCAACCCGCACUGGAGCGACGAGAAAAUCUACCAGGAGACGCGGAAAAUAGUCGGCGCGAUGAUACAGCACAUCACCUACAGGGAAUUUCUGCCUAUCGUUUUAGGUUCAGAAGUUAUGAGACUAUUCGAGCUGGAACUCCAACAGAAAGGCUUCUACCGCGGCUACAGUCCAAAGAUCAACGCAAGUCCAGCCAGCUCUUUCGGCUCAGCCGCCUUCCGCUUCGGCCACAGCCUCGUGCAGCCGUCCUUGGUGCGCUUCGAUAGGUUCCACCGCCCCAUUGCUAACAACGUAUCUCUCCACAAUGAGCUAACAAACCCGUCCAACAUUUGGAGCAUGGGCGCCGUCGACCGCUUGCUACUGGGCAUGGUCAACCAACCCAUACAGAAACGUGACGAAUUCAUCACCGAAGAACUUACCAAUCACCUGUUCCAAACGCCACACUUCAACUUCGGUAUGGAUUUAGCGGCGAUCAAUAUACAAAGGGGAAGAGACCAUGGUGUUCCUCCUUAUACAUCUUGGAGAGAACCUUGUGGUUUGACAGCGAUUACCAGCUUCGAUGAUCUGUUCAGGGUUAUGCCAGCACGGGCUGUCAGAAAAGUGAAGGUUUUGUACAAACACGUGGACGAUAUUGAUUUGUUCACUGGAGGAAUGGCAGAACGUCCAGUUGUGGGAGGUUUAGUGGGACCAACAUUCGCCUGCAUCAUUGCACAACAGUUCACUAACUUGAGAAAAGGGGAUCGAUUUUGGUACGAAAAUGGAGGCUUAGAAUCCUCUCUUACACCAGCGCAACUCCAACAAAUACGCCGAAUAUCUCUCGCUCAAGUUCUCUGCCGCACCUUAGACAGCAUUGACAGUAUUCAACCAUUUGUAUUUCUAUCACCAAGUAAUCCUGAUAACGACAGAAUAUCUUGCCGCAACGGACAUCUAAAUAACUUUGAUCUAUCUCCUUGGGUUGAAUUAAAUUCAGAUUCUAGCAAUGACAUUAAGAAAUCAGAAGUAGAGGAUUCUACGACACUUAGACCAGGAAAACCGCGACCAACUACGGCAAAACCUAAAACCACAAGGAAACCCCAAAAAGCGACUAAAUUGCCGGAUCAAAAUAAACUAAAUGCAGCACUUGAUUCAAAGAAACCUCAGAAGCAAAAUCAUAGACAUAAUAAGACAGACACGACUCAAAUAGACACUAACAAGACUACAACUGAAAAGACGAAACCAAUUCCUGUAGUACAAGUUAUAGAUGAUAAACUAGACUUUAAAAUCAAGACACGACGUUACAGCGACUCUGACCCGGACAUUAGACAGUAUAAUAACAACGACUACUAUGACGAUGUACAAAGCGUUCAAUCAGUGGUAGUAAACAAUCUACCACAUAAAAGACCUAACAGUCGACCAUACAUAUCUGUGACUGAAAACAUUGACAAAUACACUUAUCUGAUAAAUUACGUACCAAGACCGACCCAAACAUGGCGACAAACUACAAGACGAUACAACUACGACAGAGACAAGAAUGAUAGAGAUGUAGUUAAAGUUACAUACCAAAGCUAUGACGAUACAUACAGAAGACCGAACAGACCUUACUUUAAUAGACAUGACAUGGACAAUAACUUUGAAUCCAGAAUAAACAUACCAGUUACUGAAAAUUCUCGAUCGUCAGCUAGAUCGAAUGAUGAUAAUGUAUCAACAUCCAAUGAUAAACUUUCAACUGAAAUGUUUAUAAUGACUAGUAGACCAAGACCUCUUACCGACAAGACUACAGAUAAAGUUGACCCGACUACUGAAAACAUUUACAAACUACUGACUUUUGGAUAUGUAGGUACUUAUAAAGGUAGCAUGACUAAUGACAAGACUAUCACUGACAAAACUAAACCUAUAAGCAAAGACUUCUCGACUGAAGAAACUGACAAAUCCGACAUAACUCCCAGUACUAAUGACUUGAAUCACGGAAAAUUAUCGACCUUUAUGGUAUACGAGACAGCUACGAAACCUUACAAUUCACAACGACCGACAAGACGUAAUGACGACGAGACCUUGACUUCGGAUAUUAAAGAUAAAUAUUAUUACAUACACAAUGAAUUACGUAAAUAUCCUGACACGACAGAUAAAAAACUUGACAAUAACGCCCAAAAGACAAAUGAACCUAAAAACUCUAAUGACCCCUUAACUAGUACAUACAAAAAUUUGGAGGGCAUCCAAGAAAGAUCUGGAAGUGAUCAAAUCGAAAAUACUGAAAUUAUAAAACCAUCGCGUAUUGAUAAGCCCAGAUUGAAUUUAAGGAAACCAUCAAGCUCUGCUAAAACACCUUCGGUGGCGUUCCAAGUUAUACCGAGUGAAAACAAUCCUUCUCAAUGGGCAGUGUACGAGGAGAAGGAAGACCUCCCCGAGAGCUUGCCACAGCGCAUGCCCCCCAUCAAACUCGACCCAUACGCGUUGAGGGAAAUCCCCCGACCCAUAGACUUCAACUCAUUAAGACGGCGACCUGGACGACGUCGUACAUAAUUCAGUAGUUUAAUUAAUUUAAAGAAUAUUCGCAAUAGACAAAAUAAUUGGGAGAUAUUGCAUUGCGACUUGUUAAGCGGUGAUCAGAUUUAUUCAAAUACACAAAUCUCACAAAAUACCUACCUACACAGUUUACCUAUAUAAAAUGUUUCUUAAACAAAGAUAAAAUAAUUGCAUUUUAUUUUCAUAAGCAUUGAUUAGGUAGGUAAAAUAAACUGUUCACCUUUUUUGCAAUGAAAUAUUUUCCAAGUCAGUGCUAAAAGCAAAAAAUUAAUUUAUUUUGCAAUUGUCAAUUAAUUCGACUGAUUAAAUUGUAAUUAUAUUUUUAAUACCUAAUGAUAACUGUAUAACUGUUAGCGAUACAUAUUAUUUCAGUACGAAAUGUACAAACCUCUUUCGAAUUGUUUUUAAUUGUUUUUCAGUUUAAAUUAGGUAGGUACUUGUGUAAAAGUAAGUGCUUAUCUAUGUAACUUAAAUUAUUGGCAUAAUUAUUUAGGGUACAAUGUCCUUCAUACAAGGGUACAUGAACCUACAUGCAUAAAUAAGUGCCCACAUUUAUCUCGCUGUAUAUAAGCAAAUUGUAUGCCUAAUUAUAAUAAUGUAGAACCUAUAAUUAGAUACGUUUGCUAAAUAAUUACAAUAUUACCUUAAAUAACAAAAGCUGGCCGACCUAAAUUACCAAUAGGAUUUUGAUUGAUUAUCUCGACUCCACUGUAUGACAAUUACUGAUUGACAUCUUAAGGACCAGGUAAUCAGAGAUAAGCGGUGAUUACCGCUUAUCUCUGUUAAGUUAUCGCUUGACAGAAUGACAACUCUGAAACCUCACUGAAUUCUAAAUCACUGUUCGACAAUUCCGACACUACUUUUUAAUAAAAUAUCUACUGAUCAACUGUUUGACAGGUUUGAUUUUGAUUGAUUAUUAUUUAACUGACUCGACUGUAUGACAAUUACUGAUAAAUAUUAAGGAGUAAUCGAGUGAUUACCACUUAUCUCUGAAAAUUUAUCGACAUUACAUUGACAAUAUGACUCUGAAAAUUUCACUGAAUGCUAAAUCACAGUUCGACAUUGCGACACUACUUUUUAAAAAUACUGAUUAACUGUUUGACAUGUCUGAUAAAUUACUGAUGGACAUUACUCUGACUAAUCGAAGAUCGGCACUACCGGCACUACUAAGGUUUAAUUUAUUGAUAAAAAAAUACCUGUAUUUUAAUUUUUAAUCAAUUAAUUAAUUCUUUGACACAACUGUUUGACAAUUAAGUACGUACUGAAUGAUAUGGAGUAAUCAAAUGAUUACCGCAUGUCUCUGUUAAAUUACCGCUUGACAGUAUGACAACUCUGAAAACUCUGAAUGCUAAAUCACUGUUGUCUACUCAAACACAUUACAUUGACAAUAUGACUCUGAAAAUUUCACUGAAUGCUAAAUCACAGUUCGACAUUGCGACACUACUUUUUAAAAAUACUGAUUAACUGUUUGACAUGUCUGAUAAAUUACUGAUGGACAUUACUCUGACUAAUCGAAGAUCGGCACUACCGGCACUACUAAGGUUUAAUUUAUUGAUAAAAAAAUACCUGUAUUUUAAUUUUUAAUCAAUUAAUUAAUUCUUUGACACAACUGUUUGACAAUUAAGUACGUACUGAAUGAUAUGGAGUAAUCAAAUGAUUACCGCAUGUCUCUGUUAAAUUACCGCUUGACAGUAUGACAACUCUGAAAACUCUGAAUGCUAAAUCACUGUUGUCUACUCAAACAUGACUUUUUAAAAAUUAGACUGAUGAAUUAUUUGAGGGGUCUGAUAAAUUACUGAUGGACAUUUCUUUUACUUUAAGAAUUAGAACGAUAGCUCAGUCAAUUAGGUAACUAGGUACUUACUGAUCGAUAAAGAUAUGAUGACAUAAUUAAAAAUACCAUCUGAUUAGCUACUGUUUGACUAUUUAAUGAGACUAAUAGUCAACAACAAUACAGGGUGAAUAUCUACAGUUUGACUACUCAAUGAGACUAAACAGCAACAGAACUAAAGACUGACCAGCUACAGUUUGACUACUUAAUGAGACUAAACAGUAACAGAACUAAAGACUGACUAGCUACUGUUUGACUACUUAAUGAGACUAAACAGUAACAGAAAUACAGGCUGACUAGCUACUGUUUGAUUACUUAAUGAAACUAAACAGAAACAGAACUAAAAACUGACUAGCUACUGUUUGACUAAUUACUGAGACUAAACAGAAACAGAACUAAGACUGAUUAGCUACUGUUUGAAUACGUUAAUGAGACUAAACAGCAUUGGACUUUUGACCCUUGACACACAACAUUGACCAUAAUAAUUUAUCUAUUCAUUAUUUCUAACUAUAUGUGUCAUUUAUCACUCAUACAAUCAUUUUAUUCAUUGCUUUUGUGACAAACGCUCGACUGCUUAACGACAUUGAAAACGUGAUCGCUUGACAAAUUGACAACUUUCUGGUGGCUCGACUUUACAUUUAAUUACUGUACGACUAAUACUGUAUGACGGUUCUGACCUACCGCUACCGCUUAUUCCUCGGACCAUUUGACCGAGACUUCUCAUAAUGUCUUUAAAAUUGACAUGACUUAACUUUGUUGAUUAACUUACCUACUGUUAAAGUGACUCACAACUUUAGUGACAAACUACACAACUGGUAUUCAUAUUUUAUUCGACAUUCAUAAAUUAUCACUUCAUCAACUGAAAGCUUAUCGAAGACAUUGACAUGGCAUUAUCGCUUGAUACAACAUUUUAUUGUAUUUUCGCUUAUUUUUUUUCUUACGUUACAUACUUAACGUUGUUUGUUUUUUGCUUUUGGACUAUAACAACUUCUGCUCAAUUGCGUAAAUUCAAAUUCAUUCACCGCUUAAUAUCGCACAUAAGCAAAUUUAAUUUCAUAUAGCUUUUAUGACAGUUUCACAAUUUUUUCGAACUACCUACUUACAUACGAUGUAAAAACCGACCUUUCUACUCUGACAUAUUAUUCCCACUUGGAUAAUUUACUUUUUAAGAAUGACUGAUUACGACAGACUCGAACAAAAAUUGCUAUUUGAUAACACUUUAUGAACUUGACUCACGUCAGACACACCUAGAGUAGUUACUAACUCGAUUUGUGACUCAACUUGACUAAUUACCAUCGUACUCUAACAUAUUGCCAUUUGAUAAUGGGUAAUUUUCUAGCUACCUACCUGACUUUGAAAUAUUACCGAUAAUUGAACUCCGAGAUCAUUGCCGCAUGAUAACUGACACUUAAGAAUGACUGAUUUAGACUGUCUCGAAAAAAAAACAUUAUUUGAUAACUCUUUCUGAACUUGACUCAUGACUGAUAUUACAAAACUUGAUAGAUUUUGUGAAUGGACUUGACUGAUUACCGUUUAACAUACGACUAUUAAUUACCGACGCAACUGAUUACCGUUUAACAUACGACUAUUAAUUAUCGACGCAACUACUAACUACUUACAUUUACCUACUGAUUGACUGAUAUAUUACUUACUAGUGUAACUGACAAUUUAUUUAUCGACAGUUUAAUAUUAUUACCUCUUUAGCUUUUAAACAAACUAUACUGACUGUUUUACUGUAUACUUAAACAAUGCACAUCACUAUCUAGCCCCAAAGUAAGCAUACAGAGUAGCUUGUGUUAUGGGUACUAAGAUAGUUAGUAAGUGUAUACUUACUAACUACCUUACACAUACACUACUGAGCACAUAAAUUACCAUAAAAUAACUAGACAAACUGACUUAUUAAGACAGCAUGAAUAGCCAAAGACUUGAGUGCAACCCUUCAAUAUUACCCCUUUAUAAGACAGCAACAAAGUAUUUUACCCCAAUAUGGUCAGCCAGCUGACUUAGGUUCAGAGACACAGUCAGUUUAUAUUCUGUACAUGUGUAUCUUUUUCCAAUUGCAAUGUACAUGCAUUGCAAACCAAUUGUAAUUUAAUUUAUGUAAUUUAAAGUCAUUUACUUACUGUUAUAAUAUUUUUUGAAAAAUACUAAUAAAAACCACUGACAUAUUCUAAGUUGUGAUGAUUGUUGAAUAAAACUCCUGCUAUUCUGUGUACAACAUUUAUUUAGGUACACAUUUAAGUACCUACAACUUUAGUUAUUAUCCUCAUAUGGUUGGUUAUAAACAUACCUUACAAAUACAUGACAACUUAAUUAUUUUAAAAUUAAAGUAAAUAGAUAAAUUUAAGUUAAUAUAUUUUUGUGAAACA